AUGCGUCUACUACCCUUUCUGCCAUUUGCAGCCACUGCUGCGGGCGCUGUUGACCAAAAGCCGUUCAACAGUCUCCUAGGACACCUAGCCACUGUUCCAAGUUUUGCCGUGCCUCACAAUGCUUCAGAGUCGACGGUGUUCAAGCCUUUUGAUCAUUUGAUUGAUUUAUCCGCAUCUGAGUUCACUGCCUUGGGGCACCCGGUCUUCCCUCAUUACAAAGUACGCAUCAAGAAGUCCCGCUUUUGUGAUGGAACGGUCAACGCAUACACAGGCUACAUUGAUGUAGAGGCUCGGCAUCUGUUCUUCUACUUUUUUGAAAGCAGAAGCGACCCAGACACAGACGAUGUCAUAUUCUGGACCAACGGAGGGCCUGGUGGCUCUUCGUCUACCGGUCUCUUUAUGGAACUCGGACCUUGUCGAGUGGUGAACUCGACCACCACGACCUUCAAUCCCUAUGGAUGGAACGACAAGGCCAAUGUCUUCUUUAUUGACCAGCCCAUCGGGGUUGGCUUUUCCUACGCUGACUACGGUGAAGCCGUGAGUAAUACAUUGGACGCAGCUAAGGACAUUUCGGCCUUCGUCGCAAUUUUCUUUGAGAACUUUAGCAAAUACAAAGGAAGAGCAUUCCAUAUGGCUGGCGAAUCUUACGGGCUCCCCCGAUGCCAGAAAUGGAUGAAAGAAGCCUGUGUGGAUCAACUUGACGAUAUAAGCUGCACGGCUGCAUGGAUGUUUUGUGAAACAGAGAUCAGCAACCCUUUGGAAGCAACUGGUCUUAACCCUUACGAUAUCACCAAGCCUUGCGGUGGGCCGAUCGCGGACGUGUUCUGCUACCCCAUCAACAAAGAAAUCAAGGGCUACCUUAGCAGGCCAGACGUCAGGUCUACGCUCGGCGUCGACGAAUCAGUCCCACAGAACUUCAGCCUCGUGAGCUGGGAAGUGAAUAGCGCAUUCAUGGCCAGCAUGGACUACGUGUUCCCCAACCAGUUCUACAUCGCUGCCCUUCUCGAGCGGGGUAUCCGAGCAUUGAUCUACACCGGUGUGAACGACUUCGCAUGUAACUGGGUCGGUAACGAUCGCAUGACACGGGACAUGGAGUGGACCGGCCGGGAGGCUUUUUCCGUGCAGCCACUGAGAGACUGGCUCGUCGAUGGCAAAGUGGCUGGACAGACGAGGAGUGCAGGCCCGCUGACCUUCGCGACUAUCAACGAUGCAGGGCACAUGGUGGGUUUAUGA